AUGUCUCGCUUCCUUUGGCGUGCGAUCGUCGCCGCGCUGCCGGCCGUUGUUGUAUCGACCGAUCCGACGACAUGCGAGGUUCUCAACACGCAGUUCCCAGGGCGCGUCAUCUCCUCCAACGACACGGCAUCAUACGCCUCAACCCGAUCGUCGUACUAUAGCGGCCAAGAGCGCAACAUGAAGCCCAACUGCAUCUUCAUGCCCACCACAACGGCCGAAGUCAGCGAGUUCGUUAAAGCGAUGAUCCCGCGACAGGCCCAGGACGCCCGUUUCGCCAUCCGCGGCGGCGGCCACACACUCUGGAGCGGGGCCGCCAACAUCGACGGCGGCGUCACUGUAGACAUGCGUCUUAUAAACCAGACGAUCCUUAGCGCGGAUAAGAAGUUUGCAAGUCUUGGUGCCGGCGGCCGUUGGCACGACGUUUAUCAUCAUCUCACGCCGUUUAACGUCACCGUCAUGGGAGGCCGUGUUGGAAGCCUCGGCGUAGGCGGCUUUCUUAGUGGAGGUGGCAUGACGUUUCUGGCGCGCAGAUAUGGCUGGGCCUCUGAUAACAUAUACGGCUACGAGAUUGUUCUCGCGAGUGGCGAGAUCGCCUAUGUGACCGAGACCUCCCAUCCCGAUCUCUGGCUGGCGCUCAAGGGAGGCAGCAACAACUUCGGCAUCAUCACGCGCUUCGAUGUCCCGACCUUUCCUUCUGAUGGCAUGUGGUACAGCCUCCUAGAGUACGAAUAUAAUGACAGCAUAUUGGAGGCCCAGGCUCAGGCCUUCAGCCGCUUCAUGGAACCAGCCCAUUUUGAUGAUGGCGCUAUGAUGGGCAUCUUCCUUGACUACGUCGGUGGCGCCCACAGUGUUAGGAACGCCCUGUGGCAUGCAGAUAACAUCACCGAGCCACCCGUUUAUAGUGGAUUUACAGAUAUUCCCAACAAGGGCGGUGUUGCUGAAAUUGCCAACGUUGCUGACGUAGUCAAUGAUUUUGGGGCCAAUAUCCCGCCUACAACCUCACGGGCCUUCCAACUUGAUUGGUCGUUCCGGAACCCGCCUGCAACUGUCUACAUGGAGCUCUUCAAGAUCUGGGAGCGCAGUAUCAGCGCCGUAGCCGACGUUGAGGGUAUCUUCAUGGAAUUCCUGACACAGCCGCAGUCCGUGACUAACGGGACUAACCUCUUCGGCCUCGAGGCGGGUAAAACCGACUACGUCAUCAUGCUCUUGACGGCCACAUACGACAAUGAGGCCGACGAUGAGAAGGUCCGCAUGGCCGUUCUUAACGUAGUUCGUACUCAAAGAGACCUUUUGUGUCGCCGCGGAUACCUUAUUGACUUCAUCUACACUAACUACGCCGAUGGUUCACAGAGCGUAUACAAGAGCUGGGGUGCUGAGAAUGUUGCUAAGAUGCAGGCUGCAAGUAAGAAGUAUGACCCAGAAGGCUUUUUCCAGAGGAGGGUUCCUGGUGGUUUUAAGGUCUUUUAG